AUGGUGGCAGCUUGGAGGCAGGCAGCCAUUUGCUGUGCGCUGCUGGUGGUGUCCUACAGCCUUGCCUGGGCCAGCCAGGACGGGUCACAUGACCCCAAGACCAGGAGCGAGGACUCUGGACACGGGGACACUGGGAACACUGGGGAUACUGGGGACACUGGGGACACUGGGGACUCUGACCAUGGGGUCACUGUGGACUCUGGGGACCCUGACCAUGGGGACAAUGGGGACUCUGGGGGCUCUGACCAUGGGGACAAUGGGGACUCUGGCCAUGGGGACUCUGGCCAUGGGGAGCCCAUCACCACGCUGCCCAUCGUCACCUGGAAGUGGCACCAUGUGACCACCCCCUACUUUGUGGCCCUGUGGAUCCUCGUCUCCUGGCUCUGCAAACUGAUUCUGGUGUUUCAUUCAGUGGCGCUGAAGCUGGAAAUCGAUGCUUAUGUCCUCAGAGGGUUUGGGGGGCCGUUGAGGAGGCUGCCGACUUGUGGGAAAAGCUUUUAUGAGCUCCUAAAAGCCCAGAUCGAGGUCUAG